CAGCGACGCAUACGUGGGCCAUUGGACCACUACACGUAAAAGGUCUCUUCUUUGGAUGGAUCUGUCUCACUUUUGGCGGACCUGCUUGUGGCGGAAUACAUCCCAUUCGCGAUAGGAAGAAGAUGGCUGGUGAAACCAUCCUUGCCGGCUUCCAAAAGCAGGAUCCGUAGGCCUGGAUGAUCGUGACAUCUUGCUUGGCGGAGGGGGACCCCGAAAAGCAUAAAAAUGCGUCCCUUUCCUGUCAGACGACGUUAUUGUGAAUUGUCAUCUCCUUCCCAAUCUUUUCUUUAAACCACUUCUCACCUGAAUCGCGAGGGCCCAAAAUCCGCCAUGGCUGGGAAGUAUCUGUUCACAGGGGGGUAUGUUGCUACCAUGGAUGACUCGCUUGGAGACUUCCCCAAUGGUGCGGUGCUGGUGGAAGAUGGCCUCAUCACAGCUGUUGGGAGGGCAGAAGAUAUCAAGAGCCCUGACGCGGAAAUCAUCGACACAACCGAUGGGGUCCUCAUACCCGGCAUGGUCGACACUCACCGGCACGCAUCUAUGUCUUUGACUCGCGGCUUGGGAGCAGACCAAUCGCUAUUCCAUUUCCUGUCCAACACCUACUUGAGAUGGCUGCCAGCCACGAGUGUCCCCGACAUGGAGCUCUCUUCGUAUGUGGGCGCGUUGGAAGCGCUUGACAGCGGGGUGACCACGAUUGUUGAUACCUGCGAGUCCUUCCACUCCGGCGAACACGCAGAGGCUGAGCUCCGGGGGUUGCACAAGUCGGGAAUCCGGGCUUUCUUCUGCUUUGCCAUGAGUGACGACGCAUACGGCAGUGCCGCGGUUGGAAUGGACGGCUGGAAAGCCCGUCUGGCCCACGUCGGAGAGCUCAAGUCGAAAACGCCUUCUGACGCCCUCGUCCAGAUCGGAAUGGCUCUCAGUCAGCCCGGCACAGUUCCCUUUGACUUGACCCGUACGGAACUAAAGUUCGCCGACGAGCACGCGCUCUUCUGCUGCUCCCAUUCGUGCGCCAUCGAGAACUCCAUCAUCACCAAAGACAUCGAAGAACGCGCGCAACACGGCCUGAUGAUGCCGGGCCACCUCUACAUCCAUUGCACCAACCUGACGAAGCGGGAAAUUGGCCUCAUCGCCCGGUCGCAGGGUAAAGUGUCCAUCGCGACGGAAACCGAGAUGCAGAUGGGCAUGGGAGUCCCUCCCAUCCGAGCGUGCAUCGAACACGGUAUCCAGCCGUCUCUAAGCAUCGACACCUCCAGCGCGGUGGCGCCCGAUCUGCUCUCCCAGAUGCGACUCGCACUGCAGAUGCAGCGGUGUUUCGACAACGACGCCGUCCACCGAACCCGCCAGGUGCCCCUCGAACUGGACUUUGGCGUUCGCGAUGCCCUCCGUUGGGGAACGAGGAACGGUGCGGAAGCCGUAGGAAUGCUGGAUCGAAUCGGCACCUUGACACCCGGCAAACAGGCCGAUGUGGUCCUCAUCUCCUCCAAGCGCGCGCUGAGCGCAUCGGCGUAUCCCCUUGCGACGGCGGUUCUGCACUCCAGCCCGGCCGAUGUGGACACUGUUAUGGUAAAGGGGGAGGUUCGCAAACGCGACGGCCAUCUGGUCGGACACGACAUCGCGGAUAUUCGUCUCAAGGCCAAGGCCGGGCUACAACGGAUCAUGGAGAACGUGGAAAGGAUGCGACCUGAGAUGACAAUCGAAGGGAUUCGUCAAUACCUUCUGGAUGCAGAGAAUUUGACUCGUUCUAACCUGGCCAAAGCCCAUUUUGGCGAAAAGACGAGGGGAGAUUGGAUGAGGCAAAGAUAGGCUGGCUCCGGCUAAGAGGGUUUUCUCUGGCGCCACCUUGUACAAGUUAAAAGAUAUGGAUCAGUUUCCACUCUUUCAUCAUAAAUUGAGAUCUUUCAUUC